GAAAGAUCCUGUGGUUUGAGACGUAGAGAGCAUCGAUUCUGAUGUACCAUCACAGCAUUAUAAGAUUUUCGAAUAACGGCGUAGACAUAUACAACAGAGAAAGUUACAGAAACUAGUAGAUUGGGUCAGCAAUGGCCACUCAUAUCAUUAGGAGUUUGAGCUUCCAAGCUAACACUUCCUCAAAAGCACGUUUUGACUUUGAUUCGAAAUCACAGUUUUCUUUAUCUUUUCGAGGGUUAGGCAAGCCCAGAAGGGGGGUUUCUGUCUCAAUUCGUGCUAUGGGUUCCUCUGCUUCUUCUCAGAAACCAGACAACAUUCAAGAGGCUGGCAGGGUUUCCAUAAGUGAUGAAGAAUUGAAGAAGCGGCUCACAGGGGAACAAUAUUACAUAACCCGACAAAAGGGGACUGAGAGGGCUUUCACUGGGGAAUAUUGGAACACCAAAACUCCUGGUACUUACCAUUGCAUCUGUUGUGACACUCCUCUAUUUGAAUCAUCAACCAAAUUUGAUAGUGGAACUGGUUGGCCAUCUUAUUAUCAAACCAUAGGGGACAAUGUGAAGUCGAAGUUGGAUUUGUCAAUUAUUUUCAUGCCUCGCCAAGAAGUUCUUUGUGCAGCUUGUGAUGCUCAUCUUGGCCAUGUCUUUGAUGAUGGCCCACCCCCCACAGGAAAGCGUUAUUGUAUCAAUAGCGCUUCCUUGAAACUGAAACCGAAGUAGAAGACAACCAAGCAUACAAGAAGGAUAAUAUCUGUGUCAAAGCAGAUCAGAUUGAGACACUUGUGUAUAUUUUUACUCAAUUAUAGACCAGUACUUGUUGUUUUAGCUCUUAAUAUGUGAAAAUUACUUGAAUAUUAUUGUUUAUGCUAAACAUUCGUCAAGGUGUGAUGAAUGUCAUACUUGAGGUGGAAUUACAGAUUCAAUGAUCAAAACUCUACGAUGUGAUGGCAGAUAUUUGUAUUUGUGGAUGUUUUUCAUACCAAGUGCCAGUCCAAGAGAACUUAUGGAUUGAGACAACGUUUUAUUUUUGUUUUCCAUAGUGGCGCUCCAUCUUUUGUUGUAAAGAAUGUUAAUAUUCUGCUAUGCUUCUGAUUUAAAUUUGAAGGGACAAAGAGAUUGUUGCUAUC